UUUGUUUAACAAAUGAUUAGAUUUAGUUGAAAAAUUAAUAACAAUCGUUCGUUAUCGACAUUUUUUGCUGCGUUGCAAUUAUUAUAAUAACAAUAUUGUGGGUACCAGCGAUUUAUAGUCGUUUUGUAAUUUAUAGCAAACCAGUGCGCCACCUGCUGGGUAACUGAUAAGAAUAUUUUAUACAAAAUAAUUUAAUGUAGGUAGGUAAUACAACGAACGCGUAUGUGUAGACCGUUAUAGAUUUUAUACAAUAAUAGUAGUACAUAAAAUGUCACUUUAGUAAAACAAAUAAAAUAUAUUAAAGCGUUUGUGUUUUUUUUUUUUUUCGUAAAUGUUUGCCCUUUUCGCGUCAAUAUAAUAUUACAGGCACCUAUGUAUUCGUCGUAAUUUCUAGGUAUGUAUUAUCGUAUAUAACUAAAUAUUAUUAAACAUACCAAUUAACCAAUUAUUGUUAUACAUUAGUUGACUAAUAGUAUUUACCAUUUUUAAUUAUAUUGACUUGCUGAAUAUCGAUGUAAAAACUCAAUAUUAUGCGUUUUAGUGUUUAUGUCGUUCGAUGAAGUAUAAUUGUAUUUUUGCAGCGAGGAGACUAUUGCAAUAGAUUGUUCAAUCGAAAACGUUUUCCGUAACAAAAUAGAAUAUCGAAAAACAUUAACUAUAAAACAAAUAUAAUACAAAUGUCGAGAAGUCAAUUUCGCACGGAAGUUGUAUGAUUUAUAGCAUUCAUUUUAAAUCGAAUAUAGUACCUAUUCUAAAAAACAGAAUCAUUUUAAUGUGACAGCGGGUCAAAUCGACCAGCCUCCUCUCCAAAGCGUCGUAUAAUGUUCUUGAAAAUUCGUAUAUUUAUUUGUAAUGAACUCGGUCGGUCGCUUUUCGAAAAGAACUUCGCCCAAACGAAUAAGUUUAUACAGUUAACAGUAAAGCUUUAAGAAUCAAAUAUAAUAUUGAAAGUUAAAAAAAUGAUUUUUCACUAAUCGACCAAUACGAUAACAUACCUGUAUAGGUACACAAGUUUUAAAUUUGCUUACCAACUCUAAGUAGGUAAUAUUUUUUAGUAAAUUCUUUAUUCGGGCGGUCAUCGUUUCUGCCAAAAAUCUUGAUUUUCAUUUCCGCCAAAUUUAUUUCUAUCUACCUAUCUAAAUUAUAGUUUGAGCAGUGGUGGAUAUCAAAAGGGAGCAAUUGAUGGAUCGCCCGUCCCCCCUUGGGUUUAUUGUCACCAUUAUAUAUUAUUAUCUACAACUUAAUAUUUAAGAAUUUAUAUAGGUAUAUAAGAAACUUUAGAAAUUUACUAUAUCCCCCCCCCCGCAAGAUGAAGGUCUGAUAUAAUCACUAGAAGGAAUAAAUCCCAUAACUUCUGUAGAUUUGAAAAUCAUCUCCUCCCCCUCAGAACUAGGAUAUAUUCACCACUGAGAUUGAGAACCAUUUAGAGUUGCUCAGGGAAUAUUUGUUUAGACCGAUUUGUAUUACGAUCAAUUCAAUAUGAAUUGUAAUUUGAAUUCUAAUUGAUAAAAAUGUCGUGAUCACAAAAGUGUCUCUGUGUAAAAAUUAUGUAAAAAUACAACAAUCAACUUUUUUAUUUUUCAUUCUAUUUAGUAGUCUAAUUUAGAUCAUCUAUUUAGUGUUAUAUACAGUGAAGUUAGAUUAAAAAUAAUAAUUAUUUACAUUUCGUACAUUUGUAGUUGUCAUUUAUACAGUUUAUAUGCCAAGUCAAAUCAUAUUAGUUAUUAAAAAAUAAUUGUAUUAUUUAUAUUAUAAUUGGUAAUGAAAAUUGUGGAAUAUUCCGCAUACGUUUGUUAGUUUUACAGCAGAGUCUUUGUAAUUUAGAUUCCCAGUGUAGCGAGAGACUAUUGGUUUUACAAUACUGUUUAUUUUUUUUUUGUUUUACAAUGCUGUUUAUUUCUUCCUUUUUUUAGAUUCCGAGCGUAACGAUGAAGCUAUUGGUUUUACUAAGAUGUUUGUUUUAUUUUUUUCUUUGUUCUAGUCUAUGGACACGUCUUUUUCUAUUAAACUUGCUCCGAUUUUUAGCAACUUUUCUGAAAGUUCAAGUUGUCUUGAUUGUAUUUUAAACAAGUAUUUUUUUGAUUUUUGAUGCCAUUUUUUAAAUAAAAGCACUUAAGUGGGAAAAACGUACAAUUUCACGAUUUCAUUAUUUUACAAAAACACGGACAACGUUUUCUACUAAAAAAAAUGAUUUAAUCGAAAAAUCACAUGACACCUUUGUUGUUGCCUCUUUGAUUUAAUUUCUUACGGUAUCAUUACCAAAACUUUUAAGCUAUUUUUGAGCUUUUAAAGAAUUUUAAUUUUUGGGAGUUUUUUGUUGUAAUUCGGUUAUAAAUACGUAAAUAUAUACGUAGAGACUUGAAACAUGGUAAUAAUACUUGCAUUAGACUUACCUAAACGUGGUCAAAUUUUUAACAUCAUCAGACUACUUUUUUUUUUUUUUUAAUAAGCAUUUUGAAAUCAAAUUUAAACGAAAAUCGCAAAAAAAAUUACGACACUUCAAAUUAUAUAAUACCGAACUGCGCUUGGAAUCGUCUUUUGUCAGCAAUCGUUUAUCGUUGCUUACAAAUAUAAAUGAAAUAACUUUAUGUAUCCUACCUUCCCAGCUUCUCACCUACAACAGUGGCCGCUCCCGUCCCCAGUAUCAGCUCUUUUUUUUAACCUGACAUUUUGCACUUGCGAUAUUAUUGAGCACACGACGUUUUUUACUACGAUAUUAUUGCCACAACAUUUUGACAGGAUAUCCAAAUGGUAAAAAAAAAAUUGUUAUACCAAUGUAUGUAAUUUUAUUUAUUUAUCAUACAUUCAUACGACAUGUGUAAAACAAUUUAUAAAUAAAUAGAUAAUUUAAAAAAAUUGAAAUUAAAUAUUUGAUAUGCUUGGUAAAUAUAAAUCAAUAAAAAAUAAAUUAAUAUUUAGUAUUUUAGUGUGAUGAAUGAGCUUGAUAAUAUGUUCAAAUCGUAGCUUUAGUUUGGAAAUAGCUAUAUUCUCAUCUCCUUAUCAACGUUUACUAUUGAUUGGAUUAGAUCACGAUUAGAUAUAUUCCAUAAUGUAUUCAUCCUGAUUUAAAAUUCAAAGAUAGACUAAACAAACACAAUAAAACGAUCACUUUUGUACCCUUUGGUAGUCAAUAGACGGACAUAACUAAAUAAAUAUGACAUACGCACAGAUAAUUUAACGGCGAUGGUCGAUGAAUAUUGAUACGAUUCGAGAAAUAAUAAUAAUGGGUAGGUAAUAAAAAUAAAACUUCAUAUGGUCGCGUGUCAGGCACGUAGCCAAACCAUUUCUACUAGAGAGGACCAAUAAUUGUUGGCCCUUUAUCAUUUUCCAUAAUUUUUCCCAAUGAAAUACUUGUAGGGGGCUUCUCCCUCUCUCACCCUUAGGCGGUAUGUCAUACAAAGAAUCUUAUUAAUUUAUAAUUUACUUUUAGUUGGUAGUCGGAAAAAAUUGUUUUUUCACUACAAGUACACCCAUUACAAUAAUAAAAAAGUACCUGAUUAAAAAAAAAAAUACAGAAUUACCUAUAUAUUACCUAUUUUUUUUUCUAAUGUUUCCAUACUAUGAAAAAUAAAUCUACCAGCAUAUUUAGAAUAUAAGCUAAUUAAAUAUAAUAUACCUAUACCUUUUUAGAUUUAGAGCGUAGCGAGAGAUCUAUUGGUUUUACUGUGAUCUUUGUUUAGUAUUUUUUUUUUCUGUAUGUGAACAACUUUUCUAUCAGAAAAUUUUCUCCGAAAUAUAGACUGUAGACUCUUUCUGAUAGAUCAUUUUUUUCCCGUUGAUACAUUGAGGAGGUCAUUUUUUGAUUUUCCAAGGGGUUUUCGAAAUAAUAUGAAAAAACCGAAAGAAAAUUAUAGGUAAAACGACAAAUAUUUAUGACACGCCUCGGCGUUAUCGUUUCAAUUGUUUUCAUCAUUAAGUUUUCUACCAGAAAUAUUACUAAAAUCGAAAAAUGACAAAAGAUCAAUUUUUUCCCCCCUAUAAUAUUUCGUGUCUGACAGAGUAGGUCGUUUUUUUGAUAUCAGAAGUAUUUUCCAUGAUAAUUGGGAAAAACCAAAAAUUAAAUUAAAUUAAUUAAAUUGGUUAAUAUUUACGGCAACGUAGCGUCCCAGUUUAAUUAUUUUAAUAUGUUCAACUUAUGUUUUCUAUCUAACGGGUAAUAUCACAAAAAUGUGUUUGCGUAUUUUCAAUAGUACUCAAGCCUCGUUAGUCGUUAGUUGUAUGAACUUGAUUAUUGUGCCAAAAUUUACAAUGAAAAAUUUGCUACAGCUAUUUAGCUAAUAUGUAUGUAUAAUAAAUACCUAUGGGUUACUCGUGUCAUUAAGGUAACUCAUCAAUUAACAAAAAAAAAUUCAAUUUUUUAAUACCGAAAUAUUACCAAAUCAAGUGUGAGUUUAGAAGUUUAAUAUUCAUUAGAUGAUAGUUUCGUUUUCCCCGUAUAUUGGAAAUGGUGAUUUUCUAUGACAUUAUAUUAAAAUGAACUUGUGGUUUACAAAAAAAUGCACGAUGGUGAAGAUUACCAUCUAUAACCUUAACCUUCCUAUCCCAUAUAUAAUAUCUAUACAUUCGGUUUACUUUAGAAUUUUAACUCAACUCUCGAACAAUAUAUGUCUAUUAGCCGUAUUAGAGAAUUACUAUUACACACGUUCACGCAUACUCUGCCCUUCGAAUGACAAAUAAUAUUAAAAUUAAAUAUGUGAGUACCUAUAUAUAGGUAUAGGUACAUUUGUAUUCAGACCACCGCGUCAUACGCUUGAUUAGGUACUUAUAUCGAAUAGUUAGUCAUCGAUACGUCGCUGCGGUGUGUUUGGCUCUUCCCCAAAACACGAAACAUAUUUUUUAAAAACGAAAAUACAUUUUUAUAUUAUAAUAUUGUCACGAAGCUAUAGGUACCCCAACUACAAAAGUGUUAAGUUAGAUAAUUAAUAAAUUUAAAAUACGAAAACAAAAAGAGCUGAUACUAGGGACGGGUGCGGCCACUGAUGUAGGUGGAUAGUGGGGAAGAUGAAAUACAUAAAGUUGUUUAUUUUAUACCUGUAAGUUUUAACCAAGAUAAACCAUUGAUAACGAAAAACAAUUCGGAGCGGAGUUCGGUCAUAUAUGUUUUGAAAGGCCGUGAUAUUUACGAUUUUCGCUAAAAUUUGAUAUUAAAAUUAUUAUAAAAAAAAUGCUGUUAAAAUUUUUUUUUUUUGACCACUAAUUACGAUUUAUAAUGAACUUCCUAUCAAAUUUUCAAGCAUUUCUGUUAAGCCUAACACUUUAUCUACAGAGUACAUAACAAAUAAAAAUUACGUAAAAAACUCGCAAAAUUAAAAUGCAUAUAAAUACAGAGCUCAAAAAUAUCUCAAAUGUACUGAAAGUUUUACCACGUCUAGAAAAAAUAAAUAUAGGUUUUUAUCGACAUUUUAAAUAUCUAAGAAUAUUUUAAACUGAGUUAUAUUAAAAAAGACGGACAUACUUCGCACAAUGGGUGCAGCUACUGUUGUUGGUGAGAGGUAGUAGGAUAUAAAGGAGAAAUUAAUUUGUAUCUGUAAGCAACGAUUGAUAACUAAAAAACGGUUCUGAGCAGAUUUCAGUUGAUAAUGAUGCUUUUUCAACAAUAUUUAUGUCAUAUUAAGAAUACAAAAAUUAAAUAGGAAUCAUAUAUUUCCUUAAAUACUAUUUGUUUAAUAUUGUACCGAUUUUCCCGUUUUUCCUGAUUUCUCCAUGUUUUUCACAUUUACUGGGAAAACUCUUGGGAAAAUCAAAAAUGACCUCCCCUAAAGUACCUCCCUAGGGAAAUUUUCUUUUAGAAACAUUGCUAUUAUUAAAGUUGAAACAAAAUUGUUGGUAGAAAAGUUGUGCACAGAAAAAAAGAAGGCCGUAAUAUAUUUUAACUAAAACUUACAUUUCUUGUAUUUUCCCCGUUUCCAUAUUUUAUCGUUACUUACACAUACAUUAAAUUACCUAUAACAGUGGCUGCACCCGAUCUCAUUAUCCUAGGACGUCUUUUUUCAACUUUUUUUUCUUAUACACAGAUACACUGUCUGUAUUUUGUUCUGCUUGUUAAUUAUGAAAUACAUGGAUAAAUGUAUUAAUUAAUUUAUGGCCGAUACCAUAAAGAAAAAUAACUGAGUAUUUUUGGAGAUGCUAAACACCUCAUAGCACCCUCCUGGUUGUGCCUAUGCUGAGUUCGUUCCACCUUAUAAUAACGACUAUAGUUUCACAUAUUUUUUUCUCGGAGUUCUUACUUUAAGCUAACAGUAUUAUUAAUCACAUUACUUUUUUAAUUUCGCGUCAUGUUUUUAAGUACAAUGCUUAUGUACCUAGCAUUAAGUUCUGAUGUCAUUUAUUUGUAAUAUUUAUUAUUAUCUACUGUCAUGUCAUGUUUAUUUUGAAUUUUUUUUUUUUUUUAUAAUGUAUGUUAUUUGUUAUUUAUGCUGUUACUGUUCUAAAUAUUUUUGUCAUACAAUUUUUACCUACACUUAUUAUUGUUCUAAAAGGUACCUUUACUCGUUAUAAAUCAUAUAUAGUACAAUAAUUAACAUUACCAGCGAACCGCUUUUAAAAGGGAUUCGGUGAAACGAUACUGAAACGUAAUAUUGGUUUACAAAACGUUCUAUCCUUCUUCAUAAUAGUGAAGUCAAUAUGUUAUAAGUUAUGACUGACAUGCGAUGAGAUGACCUGACCACGUGUUGUUUGAAUAUUAUUUCAAUAUUCACCACACGGAGUCGACUAUUUUUAACUCACCGUCGACGUGGGCGUAGUGUAAUCUAGUUAUUUUAGAUUCUGAACAAGGAACGUUUUGGUUUUACUAUGUGUGUAUUAUUUUAGAUUUGGAGAAUAGCAUUGAUAUGUCUAUCUUUUUAUCAUUAUCAAACGAAAAACGAUUCUGGGCGCGAAGUUUGGUCAUUCAUGUUAUAAAAUGCUAAAACUUUUAGGAUUUUCGUCAAAAUUGAAAUCAAGCUUCUAAAAGGCUGUCCCGGUCCGAGAGGCAUUUAUCCAUUCGCACUGUCCUAAAGAAAACGGCUACGGCAUUAAUUUAGUCAAUUACAAUUUUAUUCAACUAGUUUUCUUCUAUUGUUUUUUAUAAGGCUUCAAAGUCAGUCACCUUAGCCUGUUAACUGUACCGUAACGCUACAUGUUUUCUACCUAGCUAGUACCUACAGUUAAUUACUAAAUUUCUACAUAAUUUAAUUUCAAUUUAUCAAUUAAAUAAUAAAUCUUAUUGUUGUGAAAGUACCUAUUGUAAUAAUUCUUACAUUAAUAUAGAUCUUAAGUCUAUGGUAACAAUUUAUUUAGACAUACAAGCCAAGACCUAAUUAUACAUUGACUGGUUUAUAAAUAUAAUUUACGUAUGAUCACAUUAAUUUAUUAUAGGUAAAAGACCUACACACUAUGAUAUAUGAUGUAUGUCAUCUAAUAAUUGUAAUAAAACCAUAAUUAAAACAUUUUAUGAAUGAAAUAAAUAAGUAUAAUUGUAUUAUUAAUUAUACAAAACUGUGUGUUGACUCAGAAUUUAUCGCUGGUAAUAUUUUUAUUAAACUCAUUUUUAGUAUACAAAUACAUAUUAUAUUAUAUUUUUGAACGAUUGCAAUUGAGUUUUAAAAAUUAGAUAGGCAACAAACAAAUUGAAAUAUAUCAAUACAAUUUUAGGAGCUGAUAGGCAACGUAGGUACAAAAAUGGGAACCAGAAAUGGGCUUUCUAAUCAAAUAUUGCUAGCGGAACGUACAUAAUAUUUAUCUCGAUCUGAAUGUCAAAGCAAUCUUACAUCACAGCAUUAAUUUAUGUAAAUUAAAAUUUCGGAGUUGUGAAUAUCGUAACAGUUAUUAAGUAAUAUCAAUUUUAAAUUAAUUACAUAGUAAUAAAGUACCUAUCGGAGCAGUUAAAUUCGUAACAUAUUACGUUCGAAGUAAUAAUUAUACUCAGUAUAUCAUUCAGUCGGAGUAGUCAAUUAUCGUAGUUGUUGUAGCAACCCGAAUUCAAAAGAACAAUUUUUAAUCGUCAAUUCAAGCCGUUUUUUUCGUCACUUGGUUGAAAAUGUACCCACAGUUCAAAAUUAAAUUAGCAAAUAAAUAUUCAUAGUUGUGUUAAAAAUGGCAAUCCCUCACAUUGGCUUUAUACCGAAAAUCCAAUGGGGAAUUCAUCAGACCAUUAACCUCGGUUUCCCUGAGUAUGUCAAUGUUUGUAGUCAAGUACCUACCUACUAUGAUACAUAAACCCAGUACUCUUGAUUUGGGGGGACGCGGGAGAACUGAAUACCUCAUCUGAUUUGUUGGAUAUUCUAACAUAUCCCUUACAUAUUUUUUAAAGGAGAACGCAUGUUACGGGUUAUUAUUUAAGCUCACCUGUUUUCAUAAAAUUGAAAAGAUCUACUUAACUCUCUCGACAUCGUGUUUAAUAUUUUACAAAAUAUAUUGUUAUCUCACAUCUAUAAUAAUAAUAUAUUCAUGUAUAUUUUCAACAAUAAUAUACAGUACAUUUUAGGUUACAUUUAUUUUUUUACAAUAUUGCAGCGCCCCCUUAAAAGCUGAGCUUGUGCUGAAGGAGCCGUUUUUAUCAAUUUUCAGAAUACAUAAGUAGUCGAAUCAAUCAUAUAAUAAUAUAUAUUAAUAUUGAGAGAAAAAUCCAACUAUAAAUUACAACAAUCAAGAUUUGUGUCUACACUGAAAUUUAAAUAUUAGAUCGAUCUAGGUGUAUCACAUAUAAUUUAAACAACUCGAAACUUUAAAAUUGACCAUUGAUCACUGAUCAAUAUUUAUAUUUAAUGAACGACAUAAACUUAAUCCUGUGUUUAAAACAUUAUUUUACCAAAUACUUUUUUAAUAUGUGGUAAAUUUAUAUUAAUAUUUAUUUGUCUUGUACCCAUCUAGUGCUGUGCUCAUGAUUUAUUUUUGAAAUUAUCUUCCUAUAUAACCUAAGGCAUACUUUAUCAUUUCCUCUGUAGCUUCUAUUCAGACGUUCGCUUGACGAGGGUACGUUCCCUGACCUUUGAAAAAUCUCCUCCAUCACUCCUAUUUUGGAGACGCUUCUUGUGUCUCAAAUUAUAGACCAAUCUUCAUUCUUUUACUUACUACUAAAAUAUUCGAGUUGUUUGUUCUAGGAAAAAUUCAACAUAUUGUUAAUGCUAUCCUUAUGAAAGAGCAACGUGGUUUCCGCCCUCGUCGUUCUACUGUAACGUGCAACACUGUCUUCUGUAACUACGCAUUUGAUGCGUCCCGUAUAAUUUUUGUCGGGACGAUCGGACACUAAGCCGAAAUACGGGACGUAUGGUCGAGUGACCACCAUGUAGACAUAAAGUUUACUUUCUAGCUAGAAAGUAGCGCAGCAUAGCUAUUUUAGUUUUAUAACAAACACAUUAUCAUUAACACAGACAUAUCAACAACUGAAAAAUGCAUUAAACUCAAAAUUACGUACAUGUGUAAUAUCUAAUAUAUUAUACAUAUUAUUAUCUUGUACACGUAUUGUAGACAGUUUACCAUAAAUAAAUAAUUUUUACCAUAAUUUUGAUAUAAUCAUCCAGCGACUGCUUGAUUAUUACUAAUAAAAAGAGCGCACGUUCUUUUUAAAUAAAGCAAUAAUAUUGUUCACGACUGAAGGACGAAGAUGUUUUAUUUCGACUACCCUUUAUCAGUGUGCGUGUAUUCCAUAAAAUAUAAAUGUAUUGUUUUUCAUAAAUAAGUGACAAUAAAGCGACUUUAAUCACCCUAAGGAUUUUUUGGAACUUUUUUUGGAAAAAUCCGUUGAUAUUUUACGACGAUCCGAAAACAAGACCUGUGACUUUACGGGUCAAAACACAACUCGAAAAUAUGGAAAAUCGAAUAAAGACCGUAGGGUCUUACCUACUCAACAUGGACAUACCUAUUAUUAAAACCGUAUGGGAACCUGUAUACAGUACACUGCAUGUGGUAAUCAAUAUUAAUUUUUCACCAAGAACGUGGACGAAUACAUUUCACUCGAGAAAUGAGGAGUCUACUCGUAAAAUUCGAAGAAGACGCCAAAUUGAAAACGGCCGAGUCUACCUUAGGCAGACUGCGUGGAACCCGCUUGGUUUUGGUCUUAGAGUUAAAGCGCCUGUUAUUGAAUUAUAAGAGGAUUUGAUCGAAAUAAUACGAGUACCAACGAAUUACGAUAAAUCGUUUAGUCAUUACGGGUAGAAGCCCGUGCAGGUAAAAGGUGCAUCGGUAUUAGUUGACCGCGGACGAAAAUAAUAUCGCCGCGUAAUUGCGCCCGUCUGUAUAAAAAAAUAUUUCAAUCCUUCAAUUUCAUUUGAUCGCGUUAUCUUGCGCGGACGUUCGGUGAACAAUUGUGACGUUUCAUCAUGGCAUUCGUUUUCGUCGAUUCGCUAGUUGUAUGUUAGCUUGUCCGUUCAUUCCAGACACGUAAAGUUGUUGUUUUUUUUUUUUUUUUUCUACUCUACUUUAUCAGCCAGACGAAAAGCAAUCAAAACACGAUUAUUCAUUAUCCAACACGGUCACCGCGCACAGCGAUUAACAGUGUCGUACGUUUGUGUGUUACCGCGUUCAAAUAAUAAUUCUAUGGGUACUGCGCACUAUUAAUAAUUACAGUUUUGUUCCUAUUAUGAGUUCGGUAUACGAAUCGGACGCGCGCACGCGCACAUACUCACAUCCCAUGUGUGGUAUCGUCAGCCGUCACUAUCACGGCGGAUAUCACGAUCCACGAAUUCGUCGCGAUGCGUCGAAUUAAUAAUGUUGAGUUUACGGCCGGUUUUAGUCGUUUUUUUAUUUUUUUUUUCCCCGCAUUAGAUGUUGGUGAUUUUAGCCGAAAUUGAUUUGCAUCGAUUUACCUGCAUAUUCGGACACGGCCGUGUUCAUUUCGGUCUCAAAAACUUGUCUGAAUAGUUCCGAACCGUUCGGAUUAUUUGUUUUUCCGUAUCGUGUGGUGAUAUUUUUUUUUUUUUUUAUAACAAUUACACGUCCGUGCCCCCCUCCCACGCGCGUUUGUCCGUUCGACUGCCCCUAGUCGUUAGUUAAUAAUAAUUUUAUUAUCGUAUCGCAAAUUUUGUUUUGCGGCCACAACACGUCGACUCGUUUUAAACCAACAGUUGGCCCGUCGAUCGGUAUAGGUGUACCUAACAAUCCAACUUACAGCGACCCCACUGAACAGUCCACGACGCAGAGGUGUAACCGGAAACAUGAAUAUUCGUAGUUUAUUGAAUUCAUAAUCUAAAUGGAAAAUCAUGGACACGCCGGGUAAAUUUAAUUCCAUUAUUGUAUUCCUCUGAUAUUAUGAAAUAGUCUUAUGAUAGUUCACACGUCUUGUAACUUCAUCAUAACCGCCCAAUUUGUCUUUCACAAUCUACUAUAGAUAGGUAGUGCAAUGAAAUUAGUUUCAGACGGUAUGAUUUGUGACUCUGGUUUUUGGUUUUUUUUGUUUUUUUCAUAAUAAUUGAAUUUCGAAUUAUUUUUAACGGUUACGCUUGAAGAACUAAUUUUGUUUAUAUUAUUAUAUUAAAUUUUUUUUUAAAUAUCAAAGCACUUACCUAGUAUUGAUUUUUUAUUCUGUACAUUUUGUUAUCAAUGAUAAUACGAGAACAAUAACCAAUUGUUUUAUAAAAAUAUCAAAAAUAACAACUAACCCAAUAAAUUCACAAUUAUGUUACAUUCUUUGUUUAUUUUCAAUUAGGUAUAAACCAUAUUAUGUUUACUAAAUUUGUGAAAUUACAACUAUUACCACAACUAUUAGCAGUGAAGCAAUACAUAAAUGAUAAAUAAAUGGAAAACAUAUAUGGGUUAGUAAUUAAUUAGCAUAGACAAAACCACUGAUGUAACUAGUAAAUAUAUAGCAAAUCGCUAAUAUAAUUGUAGGUACAUUUGAACAAAAUUAACCAGGUAAAUAUUUUUAUACAAAUAAAGGUACCUAGGUACCUAUGUAUAUUUUUAAAAAUAAAUUGAUUUUAAUGUUUGGAGAAAAAUAGAUUUGAUUUUGGUCCUUUUUGGAUAGCAUAGGAAAACAUUAUUAUUUUUAAAGGAAAAUAAGAAUGUUUUCCUAUGCUAUCCAUGUUUCUCCUCCGUCUUUUCCUACAAAAAUGUACAUUCCAUCCUUCAUCCAGACAAUUUUUUGGAUCAAAAUCAUAUCUGUUUUCCUCCAAAUAUUGAAACCAAUUUAGUUUUAAAAAAAUACAUUGAUACAUUUUUAUACCUACAUAUAAAAAAAAAACACUGACUGCCUUAACACUUGUGUACUGUUGAAAUGUAUUGUAAUUUUUUACUGUGUAAUUUAACAUGCAGUUUGUUUUAUUACAUAUAGUUUCUAUUGUACACAAUUAAAACUUACGUUAUAAUUGUGUAAUAUAUAACAUACCUAUAUGUAAUUAAAGGAACUAAUCAAUUAUGUAACAAUAUCAGAAAUGUUUUGUUGAAAAUAUAGGUAGGUAUUUAAUUAAUUGGUGAACCAUAAUAAAUAUUAAACAUGUUAUUUCUAAGAAUUAAAAUAAACUUAAUUUUUUUUUUUUUAAUGCAAUAUUUAGGUUUGGGACUAGUUGCACCAAAAAUGAUCAAAAUUGCAAAUUCUUUGUUUAUAUACAAAUGUUUACCUGGUUAAUUUUCUUCAAAUGUACCUACAAUUACAUUAGCGAUUUGCUAUAAUCAACUAGUUACAUCAGUGGUUUCAGCUAUGCUAUUUCAUUUUAUUGGAAAAUUUUUAAAAUUACUGUUGCUUAAUUUAUUUAAUGGAAUAUAGGCGAACAACAGGGCUUCACAUAGCUCGUGGUUAAAAAUUUUGUUUUUUUGUCUGGGUAGAUGUUAAUACUAAUUGUUGUUUACUUUAUAUUAAUUUUGUUGGUGCUGCUUUACCGAUUUAUGUUUUUCUAUUUUUUAAAUGUUGUGUGCCUAUAUGUAUUUAUCAUAACUUGUUAAUAUAUUUUUAUGAUUGGUUACUGCAACUUAAGUAUUAUUUAAUUUAAUGUAUAAAAUGUAAUAUUUAUGGUAAUGAGUAUUCUUGUUGAGUUUUAAAAAUAUUACGUCAAAACAUAUCUAUUUAUGUUAACAAACCUUAGUUAACAUAAUUUAUUUUUAUUGAUUUGUUAUUAGUGUAUGCUUUAUAAUAUAUAUAUAUUUUUAUGUUUAGACAAAAUAAAUUCAUUUCUACAGCCAAAAUCAGAAUUGUUCCAUACAAAUUCAAGUGAUUGCAAUUGCAAUGAAUCACAAAAGUAUGCAUUUAAUAAUUUAUUAACUAUUAACUUUCCCAAUUUAGGUACCAUAUUAUUUUGAAUUAGUAAUAAUAUUUUUUAAACAUACUACUUAUACAUUAUACUACAUCACAUUUUGAUGUGUAUUUUCUUCUGUUAAUAUCUUCCUUUUAUUGAUAUAAAAUAAUUAAAAGUAUAUAUAUAUUAGUGAUUGAAUAUAAAUAUUAUGAGCAUUUUGUCCAUUAAUUUUUGAUGUGUGAAUAAAUUAAAAAUAAUUGUUUAGACUUCAAUUUGCUCUUUUUGGUUACUUUAUUUGUAUCUAUAUAAAUAAUAUAUAAUUUUAUCUGAUCAAGCAAACACAUUUUAAAACAUAUUCAAACAAUGUCAAAAUAUUCAAUCAAAAAUAUAUUUUAAAUUAAUGAAAAAAAAUAUAAUUAUAAAAAACUUAAAAUUGAUUAAAAAAUAUUGAGAAAAAAAUUAACUUUGCACAUUUAAUUGAUUACUGAGUUUGUGUUAAGUUUUAAGUAUUUGAAUUAUAUAGGUAAGUACUUAAUCAUUUUGUUUUUUUUUUUUUUUUAAGGACAUGCUCAAAACACAAAAUGGUUACCAAAAAUGAUAAAAUCAAUGUUUCUGUUCUUAAAUGCCAUUUGGAUUCCACAGCUAGAAAGUAUACAGUUAAACCUCCACUGCUUCCAAAACCAGAUAUCACUACAUUGAAAAUAAGUCCUUACAAAGUCAAACACCAAUUUCCUAGUGUCAAUUCUUCACCAAGUAAAAAAAUUGAAAAGACUGUUGAUUUGGCUAAAAAUCAAAUUACAAGUUGUAUGUUAAAUAAAAGUGAAGACAACAAAAAUGAUGAAAAGUUAAAAAAUGACAGUGAUGUUAAUUUAAAUAUUUCCCAUUUAGAAGUUCCUAUUAUUGUAAAUAGUAUUUUAGAAAAUAACAUAAUUGAUAGUGAGAACAAUAAUAAUAACAGUAUUAACAACAAAUUUUCUGAAAAUGACUUUAAAUAUCAAGAUAACAAUUUACUUAGGGAAUAUGAGAUAUUUGAUGGUGAUUUAGAUUUGUCAAUUGAUCACUUAGAUGAUAUGAAUACUACUAUUGAAGAUGAAAAAGCAUCUAUUGCUAGUGACACUAUAGAUCAAUCAUAUUCUGUUAGGAAAAAACUCAUUAAUUGGUUUGGAUCAUUUGGUAAAGGGAAAAAUGCAAAACAAAAAAAACAAGGACCUUUUUAUGAUGAAAAUAAUGAUGACAGAAAUUCUGACAAAGAUAAUAAUGACUCUGACUCUCAUUCAUCACUUGAAGAUAAAACCAAUAUUAAGAUUGAACUUGGCAAUACUUUAUCAACAGACAAUAUUAAAGUGGAAGAAAUUCAAACCAAAUCAAAAUCCUUGAGAAUUGUGGAAGAACUCAUAUUGACUGAAAAAGUAUUCAUUGAUGUUUUAAACCUAUUAUGCAAAACAUUUGUAUCCUUUGUUGAACAAGCUGGAUGUGACACUAAAAUAAUACCAUCUAAUGAUCUAGCUAAAAUAAUCAAUCCUCUUCCACAAUUAUUAAGUCUAAAUGAAGAUUUAUUACAAGAUAUGGAGAAACGAUUGGAACACUGGAAUGAACAUCCUAAAAUUGCUGAUGUUAUCGUAAAAAAAGGCCCUUUUCUCAAACUUUACUCAACUUAUAUACAAAAUUUUGAGCACCAAUGUAAUUUAUUGGAUGAGUAUUGUCAAAAAUAUCCUCGAUUUCAAAAGUGUGUUAAAGACUUUGAAGCGUGUGAUGUGUGUAAAAAACUAACCAUCAAACAUUACAUGUUAAAACCAAUUCAGCGAAUACCCCAGUACAGACUCUUAUUAGAAAACUAUUUAAAAAACCAAGAUGACUGCUCAAUUGAUUAUAAAGACACAAUUAUCGCUUUAAAUAUUGUCUGUGAUGUUGCCAAUCAUGCCAAUAAAAGUAUUAAACAAGAAGUAAGUCCUUAUUUAAAUUUUUCAAUAUUGAUUUUAAAUAAAAAAUAAAAAUAAAUUUUGUCUAUAAACAUAUUUGUUAAAUUACAGGACUGCUUGAGUAAACUUUUACAGUUACAGUCACAAUUAGGAAAUUAUGUUCUUAUCAAACCUGGCCGAGAACUUGUUAAAGAAGGUGAACUCUUUAAGCUAUCAAGGAAAGAUAUGCAACUUCGAUAUUUCAUUUUGGUAAAAUAAUUUUAAAUAAUAAAAUAGUAUGGUUAUAAUAUUAUAACUUAUAACUUAUAAGAAUUAGGACUAGGAUUUGUAUACACUUUUUCUCAGUGAAGGAAUCUAUUAGUUUUACCAAUGUGUUAUGUUUAUAAUAUGUAUAAAUAUUCUAUUUGAAAUCUUGCUCUGAUAUAUCAAAUGUUGUACCUUUUCUGAAAACAAAUUUGUUCUGGUUGGUACUUUAGGGAGAUCAUUUUUUUCCUAGCAAUUUUCAUAAUAAUUGGUAAAAUACCUAGAAAAAACAGAAAAUAUACAGAAAUAAUGCUUUAAUUAUUUUAUAGAAAACUUAUAUUGUCCUAUUUUAGACUUCUAGAUAUGCUAAAAUUUUCAAAACAUUUAUGAACUAUUUAUAGACAUUUUAACUAGCCAGUUUUUUAAGUAAUUUUUAUUUGGUAGGUACUCAAUGGAUAAUUGUUAGACCACACAGAAAUGCUUGAACAUUUAAUAUGAGGUUAUAAUAAGUGGUCAAAAAGGAAAAAUUGAGUUUAAUAUAGUAUUUCUUUUUUUUUUAUACACAUUUUGAUGAAAACCAUAAAUAUUAUAGACUUUUAAAACAUGUAUAACUGAACUCAGCUUAUAAUCUCGUUUUUCGUUAACAAUGAUUAAUCGUUAAAAAGUUGAAAAGUGAGUUUUACAAGAAACCCACUGUAAUGUAAAACAAUAGUGAUGUUAAAAUUUAGAUACUUGAGGGUUAAACAGAUAACUUUAAGACAUAACUAACUUGGUAUUUUUAAAAUCACUGGAUUUCUUGUUUAAUAAUAUUUUAGAGCAAUAAAAUCUACUUGCAUAAAAAAUUAUCAAAGCUAAAGUUAUUUAGAAUUUUUAGAACAUUUUUUAAAAUUUUUAUAUAGCAUUACAUUCUCUACCCUAGUUAUUAUUUUCUUUAUUAAAAUGUUUUAGCUAAAUGACUGUUUGUUGUAUACAUCAUAUUAUGGGACAGUCGCAGGAUUAAAAGUAAACUAUGAACUCCCUCUUAGUGGAAUGAAAGUAUUUGUACCUAUAACUGAUGAUUAUAACAAUGAGUUUAGUAUUAUUUCAAUGACCAGGAGCUUCACUCUUAGGGCUAAGUAAGCUAUUACUUGGUAUUCACCAAGUCUUUACUGGUAUUAAUAAAAAACAUGCUUUUAAUAAUAAACAUUACAGGUCUUCUGUAGAACGUGAAGAAUGGGUCAAUAUUCUGGGGAAGGCAAUUAGUGAGCACAAUAACAAACAACUAUCAUUUUUAAAUAUGAAAUUCAUUCCUAAAGAUGGGCGCGAAGCGUUUAUUUUGGGUCAUGAGGUAAUUGUUAAUAAUUAAUGUUUGCAUUUAAUUAAAUGUAUAUUUUUUCAUUAAGGCUCCAAUAUGGAUUCAAGAUUGCCGUGUAACUAUGUGUCAGUCAUGUGCCGCAGAAUUCACAGUUACUUUUAGAAGACAUCAUUGCAGGGCAUGUGGUAAAGUAUGUUAGAAAUUGUAUUAAACAUUUUUUUUAUAAAAUAAUUGUAUUAAUUUGUGCAAUAUUAUUGGGCAGGUAGUUUGUAGUAAUUGUUCAGAAAAUAAAGCACCACUUCGGUACAUGAAAUUUCAAGCUGCUCGUGUAUGUGAUGAUUGUUAUGAUUAUUUGCUCAAGGGUAUGUCAAAUACUUAAAAAAAAAAUAGUUCAACUGUUUAAUAUAUUAGUUGGUUCUAAUUUAUUUUCAGAGUUUGAAGAUAAAAUGUUAGAAGUAGAACAAGCACACAAUAUUAGUGAUGCAGACCUGCUCAAAAUGGUAGAUACCAUAAAAAAUUCUUUUAAGAAGUCUGGAUUAUGGAGCUCUAAAAAACUAGCUAAAUAUGUUCCCAAUCGAUUAAAAGAGGUAAUAAUAUUAUUAUUUAUUCAAUUUCUUACCUAAUUUUCUUAUGUAUUAAGUCAUUGCAUUGUUAGUUUAUUAAUAUAAAUACUUAUAAUCACUAUCUAGUUUAUAAUUAUGUAGUUAUAUAGUAUAAACUGCAUAGGUUACUGCCAAUGAUUCUGGAACACAAAUGAGUGGUUGGUUGUACCGCCGUGAAAAACGGAAAUCAUGGAAACGAUAUUGGUUUGUUCUAAAAGAACAAGUUUUAUAUGCUUACAGAGCUUCUGAAGAUGUUGUAGCUUUAAACACAAUACCUGUACUAGGAUAUAACGUUCAAACAUUUCCAGAAGUAAGCAUUUGUUUAUUAAUAUAACUUUUAAAGGUAAGGGCAUGAUUUUGAAGUGUCAUUGAAUAAAACCAUGGGGACUAGAAAAAUUAAAGUAUUUUAUUUAAUAAAUAAUAUUUUCAUACAAUUUUUGUAUUAUUUUAAAUUAAUAUCUAUAUACUGUUUUAUUAUUCUACAGCCAUUUUGACAACAUCAUCAUUGCCUCUAUCCUGAUCACUAUCUUCUUUAUCAGUUUGACUAGAUUUCUGUAAAUUAAUUUUACUACUUGGUUUUAGUGCUUGAUUCAGAAAAUAUAAUUUUAGUACAUCCUAAAUUUGAACUCAUUAAUGAUAUUAUCAUAAACAAAAACUUUAAAAUUAUUAUCUAACUAAAUUAGCUUUUAUACUUUUGCCCCAUUUAUAAAUUUGUGGAUAAAAUUUAAUAAUUAUUAUAUCACAAACUUCAAAGUUUUUAAAAAAAGAUUAUUGGCAUUCUUUUUUUUUAACAAUUUGCUCAUCUUUUUGUUUGCAGCAAAUAUUAUUCUAAUUUUAAUGUAUUGACAAUACAUAUUUGACUGUGUAGUGGCAACCAACCUUUAUCAAAUAUUUUAUUUACUUAUUUCUUCAAUAAAUACAAAAGUUUAAAAAAAUAUAAAUUAUAGGUGUGUAAUUUUUAAAUUUGGAUGUACUUUCAAACAUAAAAAUGUAACAUUACAAACACUUAAUUUUUCACAAGCAGUAUAAAUAUAUGAAUAAAUCAUAAGUAAAUCAUAUUUUAAAAAAAACAUCUUAUAAAUUCCUGAACUAUAUGCAUUAUUUUUUUCAAUAUUCAGCUUUAUAAACAUCCUAACUAAUAAUUAUUUAUAUUAAUUUAUCUUUAAUAAGUAAAAAAUUUUACCAUUUUAAAAUAAAAAAUUAGGUUCAAUAAUGGUGUGAGCCACUGUUGAAAGUGAGAAAUUGAGAAGGUAGGAUAUAAAAGAGAAUUUAACGUAUAUCUGUACACAAUGAUAAACAAUUGCUAACAAAAAUAGUUUCUGAGCAGACUCGAUUAUAUCUUUUAAAAAGCCAUAAUAUUUACCCUUUGCAUCAAAUUUUUUUUUAUUACUGAAUACGACUUGUAAUGAAUCUUCCCUUAAAUUUUCAAGUAUUUCUGUUUGGUCUAAUAAUUUUAUCCACAUGGUACAUACUUGUUUUACAUUAAAAAUAACUGUCUAUUAAUGUCUAUACAUAGCUUAAAAAAGUGUUGAACAUUUUACCACAUGUAGAAAAGGCAACUAUAACUUUUCUGUUUAAAUUACAUGUUUAUACAAAUAUGUUUAACCGAAUUACAACAAAAAACCAAACUGAAAAUAAUAAAAGCAUUAUUUUCAUACAUUUUCCUGUUUUCCCAAUUAUUAUUAUUAUUAUUAUUAUUAUUAUACUUGAAAAUUGUAGUAAGUUUUCUGAAAGAAAUUGUUAACAUAAAAUAGAAAUUAAAUAUAAACUAAAAUACUCUGUAAACAUAAAAAUAAAAAAAUAAUUUUGUUUAAAAUUAGUUAAACACAAAUAACAUUAGUUUUAAGUCACAACCCUAAUUUAAGGAUCAUAUAGUGCCUACUCUAGAUAGAAUCCUAAUAAGUAGAAGUUUGUUUGAAAAAGUGUUUAAAUACAACACAACUUAUGAACUUAUGAGAUAUUUAAUAAGUACCUGAAAUAAAUUUGUUUGGUUUCUGUAAACUGAAAAUGUUUGAAGAUGUCAGGUUCGGUUUAGGAAACUAAACUUGAUGAAUAUCAGGACAAUGUGCUAAAAUCUUAAGUGUUCUGCUUAAAUAGAGAUGAAUAACAGUCCUAAAAUAAUUAGACAUUACUUUUUCCUAUACAACGGUGAGGUAAGUGUUCAGUCAAUAAAAACACUGUUCACUUUAUAAAAUGUUUUAUUCAAUAAAAAUAAACUAUUAUGCAGAAUUAAUUAAAUUAAUGUGUGUCAUAAUAUGUUUAAACUAGUUUUCUUAAGAAAUAAAUAAUACCUAAUUAAAUAAUUAAUGGCAUAUAUGUUUUAACAGAAUAUUUAUUAAUAUAUACCUUAUACAAUACAAUAGUAAAAUUUUAUUUUAUUUAUCGAAUUACAGGGUACAAGUUAUGAGGAUUUUGAUUCAUGCUGUGUUUUUCAAUUGGCUCAUGCUGGACAAAAUCCUUUAAUAUUUAGUGCAGACAUUGAACAGUUAGCCAAGAGGUAUAUAUACUUAUAUCUUAAUCAUAUUUCAUAAGUCAAUACUCUAAAUAUUUACAAUCUAUACAUGUAUAACUAAAAUUAGAAAAUAAUAAUUAAGUAAUAAUUUAAUAACCAUAAAUAGCAUACAUAAUUUUGGAUUCUGAGUGGAGCGGGAAGUGGAAAAAACUGGAAAAUGAAAGAAAUGUAGGUAUUGAUAAAAAUUAAUAAGGCCUUUUUUAUUCCUAGUUUGCUCCGAUUUACAAUGAUAGGACUUUUUCUGAAAGGAAAUCUGACUGAUGUGGUACUUUAAGAAGGUCAUGUUUUGAUUUUUCCCAUGAGUUUUCCUAGUAAAAUUAUUGCUACUUGUUUCUUAAAUAUUCUAAAAAACAUUCCAAAAAAGUUAAUACUUUCCAAGAUAAUAAGUGUACCCAUUUAAAUGGAUCACCUGGUACUGUUAUAGCAUUACCAUGUACCUAACUAACAAUUGGUGCUGGAUUUAAUAUUGUGAAAUAGUAAUAAAAUAUACAUAUUUGUUCAUAAGGUCCUAAAAUAAAAAGGCUGUAAACUAUGGACAAUAUUGUUACAGUUAAUAACAGUGUAGUGAAUAAACUGUGUUGGACUAAUGGUAGAUACAUAGCUAAAUAACUACAAUGGGUAGAAUAGGUACAUGUUCAUGAAAAUAGAACAGUAUAGAUGAUGUAAACAUUUCAAUUUUUUUUUUUUUUUUUUCAAAGGGAAGUAUUAAUUGCUUCAAUGAAUCCAAGAGGUGAAAGAGAUAAAAUAUGUAGCACUAUUUACUUUAUACAAUAAUACCAGAAAAUCAAUUUCGAAAAAAAUUUUCAGCUAAGUGAGAAGUCCAUGAACAUUUAUAAAGCUAUUUAGAUAUAUAGUAAUACAAUUUGAAUUUAAAAAUGAAUCUAAGAAAGAUUAAAUCUGUAUAAAUGUUGACAGUUUUUUCUUGUUAACUUAAUGUUAAUAAAUAUUUAUAUAAUAAAUAAUUGUUAAAUUAUCUAAUUUGUUCAAUUCAAAUUUAUUAAAAAAAAAUUAUUAUGAAACUACUUAGAAUUAGCUAUGAAAGUGGAAUAAAAAACGCUUUUUGAUUUUAGAUUCUAAUCGGGGCGAAAUAAAGCUUAUGGUUUUACAAAGAUGUUUAUUAUUAUUAUUAUUAUUAUUAUCUUUUCUACCAGAAGACUUGCUCCAAUUUUUAAGUAUAGCACCAGUUCUGAAAGGAAAUCGAUAUGGGAAGAUACUGUAGGAAGGUUUUUCAAUUUUCUCAGGAGUUUCUUUAUCAACUAUGAAAAACAGGGAAAAUAUAAGAAAUGUUAGUUAAAUAUGAGUUAAAAUAUAUUAUGGCCUUCUUUUUUCCUGUGAACAACUUUCCUACCGACAAUUUUGUUCCAAUUUACAAUGAUAGCAGUGUUUCUAAAAGAAAAUCCAACUGGGAAGAUGCAUUAGAGAGGACAUUUUUCGAUUUUCUUAGGAGUUUUCCCAGCAAAUGUGAAAAACUGUGAAAAAACUUAAGAAAAAGGAAGAAAAACCAGGAAAUAUUAUUAAAUAAAAUAUAUAAUCCUAUUUAUUUUUCUGUAAUAUGGCAUAUAUAUUGUUAACAAAGCAUCACUAUCAACCAAACUUCGCUCAGAAUUGUUUUUCGUAAACUAUGGUUUAUGCUUAAAGAUAAACAUUAAAUUAAUUAAAAUAGUAGCUGCACCUAUCCCUAUUAUCCUAGUAGUUUUUUUUUUUAAUUCUAUGGGUUUAUAAAUGACUAUUCUAGUUUAUUAUGUAUUAAAUAAAGUCUUGUAUGUUCACAGGUGGAUUAAUGCACUUUCUGAAGAGACAAAGUUAAAAUGAGAUCUCUUUCAAUAUUUUAAAUAUUAUUUAUCAUUGAUUUAUGAUAAAUAAAUUUGUUUACAAAUACUUGUAUUUAAUGCAUCUUUAUAUAAUUUUAUUUGUUUUAAACAAUAUUGAAUAUGAUUUUAAUAUUACACCACAAUUAUUAUUUUUAAUGGUGCUACAUUAAACAUAUAUAGUUAGUAUAGACCUUUGUUUAAAUUUGUUAAAUGUUUAAAUAUUAUAGUAUUAAUUAUCAGUGCCUUGAUUUAAAGUGUAACUUGAUUGUGUUUUAUGUGUGUGUGUGUGUGUAAUUUAUUUUCAAACUAUAUCAUAUUGAAUUAUAUAAAUUUUAUUAAAAUCAAUAUUUUUUUUUUUUUUUUAAGUAUUUCACUUUAAUGUUUUAUCUAGACCUAUUUUUAUGUAAUCCAAAAUGUAUUUUGAAAAUUAAAAAAAUUAAUAGUAUUAUUGUGAGUUAUUUACUGUUAAAUUUUAUAUUUAUACAAAUUUAUUAUUAUUCGUUAUAUUUUUGCACUAUG